AUGCCUAUCUGCAUCGAAUGUUCAUAUCCGGUCUCGCAUCUAUACAGUGCUUACAGCCGCGCCGAUGAUCGCUCCCAAGGAAAAGGUGUACGAUUGACACAAUGCCCGCGUUGCCAGCGCUUCGCCGACAAAUAUGUCGAAUAUGACUUCGUCGUGAUCUUUAUUGACCUAGUGCUCAUAAAACCACAACGCUCAAUCAUCCGCCUCGGUGUUCUUCUCCUCUUAUUCGAUGUCUAUUUGACCUGGGCCCGUCUUGAAAAAGAUCCAUCUCUCGAAACAACAUUCAUUUCUCGAACACCAAUCGUCGUACAAUACCUCUUCUUCCUCACGCUCAAUGCGCUCGCAACUCUGGCACACCACCUCACAGUCCGACUACUGGCCUCUAUCCUCGUACCGAAAUCUCGCCGAUACGGUUCCUCAGAGAUCACAAACACGAGCACAAAUUCAAAUGCAAACACAAGCGCAGCGGAUACAACAACCUCCCUCCACUCUGCACCCCUGACACCAACUAUCAAACCCUCCCUCUCGUCGCAAACACUAAGCACUCAACACCAACCCCAACCCCAAGCUUUAAAACCUACAAAUCUAUCACAAACAAAGCUCUCUCCCAACCCCGCCUCUGCAAGCGAUACCCAUCUCCCCCAAGACCCACCCCCAGCUCCGAUCCAAACUCUACACUCCAUCCCAAUAACUCAUUCAACCUCCCUCCCACCGCAAAGACCACCACCUCCCCGCCGUGCCUCAACGGCUCCAAUCCAGAAUAUCCAACCCCUCCCCCCUCCAACAGCAGCAAGUCCCACAGCCAUCAGCACGGCGCUCCUAGUAAGCAGCUGCGCUAAACUCUUCCCUAUCCUCCUGGUUAUCUGGGGGGUUGACGGUAGCGGCAGCUACACGAACAAGAAUUCGCAAGCCGCGAACAUAAACGUCCACAGCACUGUACGACAAGGAUCCAACACUCAGCCAACUAGCAUGCUAAAUGCUAAGGCUGCCAUAUCCUCUUCCUCGUCCAGCGACGGGAAGUACCCCGGUUCUCUUUCCUCGUCGCUCGUUGAGUCAUGGCUUGCUGCUGCGGAAUCUUCGCUACGCCCGUAUCUACCUACAAGGUAUUUAACGGGGUUAUUUGAUAUACUUGCGUCUUUGCUAUCGUUUGGUGUUGUUGAUACGCACCUUGUGUUACUGAGUAAUAUCGAGGCGCUUUAUAUUCUGCUUGGAUGUGGGUAUUUGAGAGCUGUUGCUGUUGCUGUUGCGGGACAGGUUGCUAGAUGGGCGGUUCAAAAGGUUAUUCUUGGUGCUGUGGGCGUUGGUUGA